CCGCGGUACAAGUGCCAGACAUUCAUUAGCACGCAAAUGCGUAUUGGAAAUAGUCUGGUGACAGUUUGACUGACAGAGACCAUUCACUGAUGCGUGACCAUGAUAAACUAUCAAUCAAGCGAGUAGACGAUCAUGACGAUCAAGUCGCCCGGCCGCGCCUGGACUUGAUCGACGCUGUAUUAAAAAAUGGUCAUGCAUGACAACCAGAGCUAGUGAUCAAGAAUCAAACUACAACUUCAACUCGCACCUGUACUAGUAACAGGGAUUAUGAGUAAACAAGGGCUUCUAGAUUCAGAACAGCAUUCUGAUGUUCUUCCCAUUCCUGUCUUGUCUUAAUGCCAGCAUCGUUUCGUUGCCAUGGCACUGGUGCUAUUCGUCAUCGCCAUCUUGGCCUAUCUGGUCCUCCAUCAGAUGUACCAGCCCUCGGCCGGCCAACAGCGCCAGCCUAAAGGCAGCCGGAGGCGGGAGAACAAAUUCAAGGAGACCAGCAUCUUUGAAAAGCUUGGCCUGACGUUCAACCAGUGCCCGACGUUCAUGUCGUUCGUCGACCGCUUCAACACCUUCGAGCAGGUGGUGGAAGCCAUCAAGAUGGCCGGCCUGGAACGCAGCGAGAUCAUCAUCGGGAUUGAUUUCAGCGCCAGCAACGAGUGGCAAGGCAGGCGGGUUUUUGCUUCCAGAUGUCUCCACGAUAUCAUGAACAGCAGAACGUUCAACCCUUACCAGAGGGUUCUGACGAUCGUCGGUGCUACCCUGGAGCGAUUUGACUCGGAUCACCUCAUCCCCGUCUACGGCUUCGGCGAUGUCGACACCAAGGACAAGUCGGUGUUUUCUCUGAAACCAGACGAUGAACCGUGCUAUGGUUUCAUUGAAGUUUUACAGUGCUACAACCGAGUGUGUCAGGACAUUCAGAGAAGCGGCCCAACCAGCUUGGAACCCAUCAUCAAGAAAGCCAUCGAAGUGGUAAAAGAGAAACCAACGUACCACCUUCUCUUGAUCCUGACCGACGGUCAGUUGAAAGACAGCGACGGCAACGCCAGUGCCAUUAUAGAAGCCUCCAAUUAUCCAAUCAGCAUCGUGGUCAUCGGUAUAGGGGACGGUCCCUGGGACGCGAUGGAGCACUACGACGAUAACCUUCCCAGUAGAAAAUUUGACAACUUCCAGUUUGUGAACUUCCACCAGGUCUGCAGCAAGGCCAAGUACGCCGAGGCGGCGUUUGCCCUCCACGUCUUGAUGGAGAUUCCAGACCAGUACAAGGCGAUCUGUGAGCUGGGUUACCUGCGGAAUCAGCCCAGUAUCGAGAGCUGGGGAAUGAUCCCUCCGAAGAAAAUCAGCCUUGAGGAUGACCCGGGCUUUCGCAGGUCGCGCAGCGAGCAGGACGUGAUGUCCGUCAAUCCCGAAAUCGUUCCAGUGUUGAGCAGGAAGUCAAGUAAGAGAAUGAAGUCUUCGAUGCGAUACAAGUCUACAAAACGGUGAUUUGGGAGGUAGGGUUUAACAUUGGUUAAUUGCAAAUAUGGUUAAGUGCAAAGUAAACAUGUUCAGAUUAUUUCAAGUUUCUCUAAGUUAAUGUGAUAAUGGAAUUUACCUCUGGUUUUGUGUGCAGUUUUGCAUUUCUGGGGAACAGAAUGCUACUACUUUAAACACGACAUGAGAUAAAAUCUUUUUCCUCCUGCGUGGCUGUACAGUAGACUGAUGGAAAGCAGUCUGACUCGAUAACAUCAUUGCAUAAAAAAAAUCCUCGGCAUAAAUUGAGCACAAAUUCACACAUUGCCACAAAAAAUUCAUGACUACGAUGUUAUUCAGCAGUCAUACUUUCCAUGUCCAUGCAAAAACAUGAUAAUGCCGGUCUGUUCUAGGACCUUAAAUAUAAUUAAUGUAAGAUACCACAAAAUAGCUUAUUUGAGCUCUCUUUGAUAACAUUGUUUGAAAGUGAAGGUAAAUUUAAAAUUUAAAAUGAAAGGUGCUACCAAAAUCACACUGUAAACUUACCAAAACUAUUUGCCUGUUAUGAGCUGAUUUGUCAAUUCAGAAUGGCACCUGCUUAUAAAUUGGCUUAAUUUGUAUAAUUUGAACGUGCGGCUUAAUUUAUUUCUGGUGAACAAAAGCCAUCGAUGCAUGUACACUUUAAAAUCUGUCCGGCAAUUUCCAUGAAGCAGAGGUCAAUUUUGUCACUUUCAAAUUAGAAUGUUUAGAAAAUUUACAAGAUGGAGUGACUUUUCUGGUCAUUAAGAGGCACCAAAUAUGGUAAAAAAAAAAAAAACCUGAAAAAUGGCGAAAAUAGUUUAUGUCAAAAGAAUGGCUUCUGUAAUUUGUGGGCCACGUGCUGGUUGCAUUUUCAUUGUGGGUGUCAUUUACAUACAUGUACAUGUGAACAUGUACAUGUAC